CUUCCGGGUUAUGUCAGUGUUAGCUGGAGCAAUGACAUUGUACCAAACAGUAAAGAAGUCAGCCUUGCCAGUGGCUUACACUUUGUUAUUUCACAUGCUUUGAAAAGGUGACAUUAACACCGACAUUGUCGUCAACAUGUCAUCCACCACUACGGGUUUUUCGCAGGAGCAGCAGCGCAACGGAGCACAGGCGCCAGUGGGCAUGGACUACAUCCCCACAGAAGAUGAGAGAAGGGUGUUUAGAGAGUGCAACCAAGAGAGCUUUUGGUACAGGUCGGUGCCCUUCUCUGUGGUCAGCAUGGCUAUCACUCAAGCCCUAGUUGCCAGAGGGACGCUGUCUGCAUCUCCAAGGUUUGGAUCGCUCCCCAAAGUGGCCUUUGCUGGCUUCUGUGGCUACCUGGCUGGGAAGAUGUCAUACAUGAAAACGUGCCAGGAGAAGUUCAAGAGGUUGGAGAAUUCUCCUCUGGGAGAAGCCCUCAGACAGAGGACAAGACUGCCUCAACAAAAUUCCAGGGGUCCCCAGUCAGAGCUGAGUGACUCAGACACCCAGUCAUUGGACCCCAUGUUCCAGCCAGCAGAAGCCCCCAGCCAGAUGCCCAGUCAUGCCAGAGAUUAUGAAUAUGGCUUCAGGCCAGAGCAACCCAUGCAAAUGGACAGAACAGAUGAUUUCAGUGCUCCAGCUUCAGCCCAGUCAUAUGUGGAGGAGGAGGAGCCCAGGAGGAAGCCUAUCCUCUAUGAGGACCUGAGGCUCAAAAACAGAGAGAACUAUGAGGUUACACUCACCCAGAAGGCUGAAACACUGCUGAAAUCAACACCUGAGAAGGAACGAGAAAGACCCAAGAAAGAUGUGAAGAAGAACAUCUAUGGAGACGCAUGGGAAGACUGAGCCCUUAUUUGAUCCUAAGAUGUGAUCUGUACUCUGGAAUCACAGACACUAUAAUACACAGGCAGCUCAGUCGCCACUUUGCUCCAGUGUGACUUGGCCUCAGGUGUCACGAAGCUGUAUGAGUUUCUGAUCAGUAUAUAUUUGUGUGUGAGUCAAUUAAACCAAACUGAUUUAGGACUAAAACGGUCUAUCUCUGUGCUUUGGUAUUAGUUUGAAUCGAGUGUUUUCACCUUCACUAGCACAAAAUGUAAAUAAAAAUUACCAAAAACAAUA